AACCUCUGGAAAGUGUCGCACUUGAGAAGCUGCCAAAGCAAGAGGCGGGUUGGUUCGUGUGUAUAAAACCAGUCUCCCCACAUAGCGACUCAUCCACCCAGCAGCACCGGAGCAUUUCUCUUUUUAUUCCAGGGGAGAAGUGCGCAUCCUCAUUAUAAACCAUGCACCUCCGCGCGCACGAGCCAUGCCGUUCCCUUUUCUUGUUUUGUGUCCUCCUGAGGAGCUGUCAUGCCUUCAAGAACGACGCAACGGAGCUGCUUUCACGUGUGAGCGUGCCGGUGCCGGAGGUGCAGAGCAACGCGUCCCUGAACCGAGCGCGGACCGGUGGGAAAGAUGCGGGCGGCUCGACGCGCGACACAGGCGAUCGGAGUCAAAUAGGAUGCAGAGAGUUGAGAUCCACUAAGUACAUCUCUGACGGCCACUGCACCAGUAUCAACCCCAUCAAGGAGCUGGUGUGUGCAGGCGAGUGUCUCCCAACACAGAUGCUUGAAAACUGGAUCGGCGGGGCUCAUGGCAGGAAGUUCUGGUCUCGCAGGAACGGUAACCAGGACUGGAGAUGUGUUAAUGACAAAACCCGCACUCAGCGCAUCCAGCUGCAGUGCCAGGACGGCAGCACAAGAACGUACAAAAUCACCGUGGUGACAUCUUGCAAGUGCAAGAGGUACUCGAGGCAACACAAUGAGUCGGGCAGCAAGUUUGAGGAUUCUGAUGCGUUACCUCCACCGAUCCUGCACAAACACAAAUCUAAGAACAAAAAGAAGUUGGGCAAAAAGCGUCUGAGUGAGAACUGGCAUGAGACUGAACCCUAAGAGCUGGACAACUUUCAGACUGACCAUACAGCUGGGACGUGACAUCUGGAAGUUACAGCUAUGGAUUAUUGGACACGAUUUAUGAGAAGCUGCUUCCUCAUAAGGUGGAACCUCCAAAGGGAACACUAAGAGCUUUAUUUAGAAAAAUGUGAACAGUGUAAAGCAAAGCAUCAGCUCAUGAAUUCAUUCUGCAUGCUGAAAAAGAUCUGCACCAAAAGCAGUAAAACAACAUACAAGAAAAUGUUUCUAAGAUAUCAAAAUGUGUAAAUAUGUGUACAUAUAAUAAAUUCCUACUUGCAUUUUGAAGUACGAGCAUGUUUAUAAGAUUGAUGCAAGAAUUAUGAUGAUUUCUACUUAUACUUGUGUAUACUGGAAACAUACUUAAAUACGUAAAUGGCUUUGGCUUCAAAGUCUGGCAUAUGUUUGUCAUUACCUGAUGUUGUAAUAAUUUUUGUAUGAAAUAAAUGAAAUUUUCUGUCA